UGGACGAACGUGCGCGGCUCUUUCUCUUAAAACCUCUCUGCGGAGCGUUUCAUUAAGUUUUCACCGGUGUGAGUCAAGCAGAGGACGUGCCCACCAUGCCCACCAAGAACGUUACUGACGAGCGGAUCUCCAAAUUCAAAAACAAGGGGAAAGAUCCAGCGAAACUUAGAGAGAAAAGGAUCUCGGAGUGUGUGGAGCUGCGCAAAGCUCACAAAAAUGAAAGUUUCCUGAAGAGGAGAAAUAUAACGCUGUCGUCUCUCCCGGACGAAGAUGCCCUCUCUCCUGACCACACCUCCAACGAGAUGGUGGCCUCAUUAUCCAUUGAGGAUAUAAUCAAAGACGUGAACUCUGACUGCAGGCAGUCCCAAACCCGAGGCUGUCAGGCAGCCAGGAAGCUGCUUUCUCAGGAGCGUAACCCUCCUCUGAAGGAGAUCAUAGAUGCAGGAUUGCUGUCCCACUUUGUGUCCUUCCUGUCUAUGGAUGAUGAGCCAACUCUGCAGUUCGAAGCAGCUUGGGCCCUUACAAACAUUGCCUCUGGAACAUCUUGGCACACUCAACAGGUGGUGGAACAUGGCGCUGUGCCAGCUUUCAUCUCCUUGUUGGCCUCACCGAUGUUGCACAUCAGUGAACAGGCUGUCUGGGCUCUUGGAAACAUUGCAGGUGACGGCUCAGCUUAUCGAGAUGUCCUGAUCGAGUGCAACGUUAUCCCAGCCUUAUUGGCCCGCAUUUCCCCAGACACACCAGUUGGAUAUCUGCGUAAUCUAACGUGGACAUUGUCCAACUUGUGUCGAAAUAAGAACCCGUGUCCACCGUUGUCUGCUGUCCUGCAGGUGCUUCCCUCUCUGAUCCAGCUGCUCCAUCUCAGUGAUAAGGACAUCUUGUCUGAUGCAUGCUGGGCAAUCUCGUACCUCUCAGAUGGUGACAAUGACCGCAUUGAUGUCGUGGUGAAAACUGGCAUUGUCCCACGGCUGGUGGAGCUCAUGAGCCACGAGGAGCUCAGUGUCAUGACCCCAGCUCUCCGCGCCAUUGGGAACAUAGUGAGCGGCUCAGACCUGCAGACCCAGAUGGCUGUUGAUGCUGGCGUUCUGAACAUCCUGCCUCAACUGAUGAGGCACCCGAAGGCCAGUGUCCAAAAAGAGGCGGCGUGGGCGCUGUCGAACAUCGCUGCAGGACCCUGUAAGCAAAUCCAACAGCUCAUCACCUGCGGCCUGCUCCCUCCUCUGGUAGAACAACUCAGAAAUGGGGACUUCAAGACUCAAAGGGAGGCUGUGUGGGCAGUGACAAACUUCACCAGUGGGGGCACUGUGGAGCAGGUGGUUACUCUGGUACAGAGUGGAGCUCUAGAAGCGAUCAUCAACCUGCUGCAGGUCAAAGAUGCUAAAGUCAUUUUGGUCAUACUGGAUGCCAUCAACAACAUCUUCAUGGCUGCAGAAAAGCUUGGUGAGACUGAGAAACUCAGUCUGUUGGUUGAAGAGCUGGGAGGACUUGACCGCAUUGAGAUGCUGCAAAAUCAUGACAACGACACAGUGUACCAGGCUGCACGCAACCUCAUAGAGAAGUACUUUGGUGAUGACGAGAUCGAAGGAGUGAAAGUCGACGCUACAGAGGAUGCAUUUGUGUUUAAUACUGCUGAUGUUCAGAGAACCUUUGAAUUUUAAACCCGAACCCUAUUAUUGUACAAUGAGUUUGAUCUUGAAAAUAAAUAAACAAUCGGUUAAUUCA